ACCCUCCUCCAUUCUUCAGACACAGUCCCGGUAGACGGUAGCUAUUACAACCCCCUUUUCCAUCUCUCUCUCUCUCUCUCUCUCUCUCUCUUUAUUUCUCUCUCAUCGCCAUUGCCACAGAUCUAAGACACAGAUCACAGGGUUCGCGCCUUUUGACUCUUUUAUUCUUCAUUGGCCAUUGUUCCGGACACCUCGCACCAUAAUCUAGGACCAGACCUACCCAAUCGGAGCCUCCAUACCACUAUUUCGGGUCCGUGCGCGGAUCUAGGAGGAGAGCUUCACGAUUCAGGGAGUUAGAUCGGAAGAGUGUGAGUGAAUAAGGCUUGGGUUUCCGAUGGCUCCGACGACGAUCCGGAAGGCGAUUGGGGUGGUGAAGGACCAGACCAGUAUUGGAAUAGCGAAGGUGGCGAGUAACAUGGCGCCGGAUUUGGAGGUUGCGAUUGUGAAGGCGACGAGUCACGACGAUGAUCCUGCGAGCGAGAAGUACAUAAGGGAGAUCUUGAACCUCAUGUCGUACUCGCGUGGAUACGUCCACGCGUGUGUUUCCGCGGUGUCGAAGCGUUUGGGGAAGACGCGCGACUGGAUUGUGGCGCUCAAGGCGCUCAUGCUGGUGCACCGCUUGAUGAACGAGGGUCCACCGCUGUUCCAGGAGGAGAUCCUGUACGCCACCCGUAGAGGAACCAGGCUCCUCAACAUGUCUGAUUUCAGAGAUGAAGCUCACUCGAGCUCUUGGGAUCACUCUGCUUUUGUGAGGACCUAUGCUAUGUAUCUUGAUCAGCGUCUUGAAAUGAUGCUGUUUGAUAGAAAGAGUGCCAACGGUGGCAGUGUUGGGGGUAGUGUUGGCGGUGCAGAUGAUAGGUUUGGUGGGAGGGACAGUUUUAGGCCGGACGAUAGGUUUGGUGGAAGAGACAAUUUUAGGUCGCCGCCAUAUGAAUACGGAGGUGGGGAAUUUAGAGGGGAAGGGGAGUAUGGGAACGGGAAUGGGAUGAGGAGGACGAGAUCGUUCGGGGACAUGACUGAAACGACGGGGAGGGAAGAGAAAAGGAUUGUGAGUGUGACUCCUUUGAGGGAUAUGCAGCCGGAGAGGAUUUUUGGCAAGAUGGGUCACUUGCAGAGGUUGUUGGAUCGUUUCUUGGCUUGUAGGCCUACUGGGUUGGCCAAGAAUAGCAGGAUGGUUUUGAUUGCGUUGUAUCCUGUGGUCAAGGAGAGUUUUCAGUUGUAUGCUGAUAUAUGUGAGGUUUUGGCUGUGUUGCUUGACAAAUUCUUUGAUAUGGAGUACCCUGAUUGCGUGAAGGCCUUUGAUAGUUAUGCCAGUGCUGCUAAGCAGAUCGAUGAGUUGGUUGCCUUCUACAAUUGGUGUAAGGACACAGGUGUGGCAAGGUCCUCGGAGUAUCCAGAAGUUCAGAGGAUUACUAGCAAGUUGCUGGAGACAUUGGAGGAGUUUGUAAGGGACAGGGCCAAGAGGCCAAAAAGUCCAGAGAGGAAAGAGGAAGCGCCGCAGGUGGAAAAAGUAGAGGAGGAGCCUGUUCCGGAUAUGAAUGAGAUCAAGGCACUGCCUCCACCUGAGAAUUAUAACCCUCCUCCUCCACCUGAGCCGGAGCCUAAGCCACAGCAGCCACAAGUUACAGAGGACUUGGUGAAUCUGAGAGAUGAUGCAGUCACUGCAGAUGACCAGGGUAAUAAAUUGGCUUUGGCACUCUUUGCUGGUGCACCAGCUAAUAAUGCCAAUGGAUCAUGGGAAGCCUUCCCAUCAAAUGGACAGCCAGAGGUGACUUCAGCUUGGCAAACCCCAGCUGCAGAACCUGGGAAAGCCGAUUGGGAAUUGGCAUUGGUAGAGACUGCUAGCAAUUUGUCAAAGCAGAAGGCAACUUUAGGUGGUGGGUUUGAUCCCUUAUUGUUGACUGGCAUGUACGAUCAAGGAAUGGUCAGGCAGCAUGUCAGCACUUCCCAACUGAGUGGGGGGAGUGCAAGCAGUGUGGCAUUGCCAGGGCCGGGAAAGACUACAACUCCAGUUUUGGCUCUCCCAGCCCCAGAUGGAUCUGUCCAGCCAGUGAAUCAGGAUCCAUUUGCUGCAUCGUUGAGCAUUCCUCCUCCAUCCUAUGUGCAAAUGGCUGAUAUGGAGAAAAAGCAGCACUUGCUCGUGCAGGAGCAGCAGCUGUGGCAUCAGUAUGCAAGAGAAGGGAUGCAAGGCCAAUCUAGCUUGACCAAACUGAAUGGCACCGGAUACUAUGCUGGAGGUCCUGUGCCAAUGAUGCCUUAUGGAAUGCCCCCAGUCAAUGGAAUGGGACCUCCAACCGGGUAUUAUCAUGCUCCUUACUGAUGCCCCUCUCUGUUUUUUGCCACAUAUCUAUAGGUUGCUUCGUUUAUUUUUUUUACUAUGACAUAGUGUUUUCUUUUUGUUUUAAAUGAUGUCAUCAUAUUCUUGAGAUCUGCACAUUAGUACGGUGGGGAUGCUAAGGAGACUGAGUUGAAGAGACAAUUUCAUGUUGGGUUUUGAUGCUGGGAGAUGUGUAGCUCAGUUGUAAUGUCUCUCUGUCGUGUAAUAGUAGCUUUCUUCUCGAUUUUGUACUUCGAAGUGAUUCUUGCUCCUUAAAAACAAACGAUUAACUACUGUAAAUUUUAUUAAAUGCUGGUGCUGAUAAUCUUGAUUGGUUAUGUCAAAUGAUUCCAUCUUGUGGGAACAGCCUUGACUACUUCUUAUAACUUCGGGUCCUCGGGAAUUGGUUCCAUUAUAGGGGGGAAUUAGAUGUAUUAGUAAGUUGCCGAGUUUGACGUUAAGGAGUAAGUUUUCAAUCUUGUCAUUUUUUGGUUUUCUUCUUACCUUUGGUUUCCUAAUUUAGCUAAAUCAUCAUUAAACUUUCCUAGGGGCCAUAAUUAGAUGUCAAGUAACAUCUCUUGUGGCAUUCAAGUUAUUGUUUGGGUCUUUUUUAGCAUUAACAUAUAUGGUUGACCCACAGUGUUCAGUUACUAUCGUUCACACCCAUUUAAUUUGAAUUUUGAAACUAUUCUUUUUAUGUUUUUGGUGAAAAUUGUCUUGAGGAGGAAUAAAGGCAGGUAACCCAUCUGUCAUUGUUAAGCUGUGGGUGUGUUGGAUGUACAGUUAUGUUCAAGUUUUGGGUUUGCGACAUGUAAAGUUUUGAGAUUGUUAUCCCGUGGGGGCCUUUUUUUUGCUAUAUAUUGUUUAUCUACUUAUGUACUUGUGCACAAAGUCUUGAGGUUAGUGUAAAUAUUAUCAUUCAAUUAUACAUUGAUAUAUUAUUGAAAAAUUAAAAGAGUGUUGGUAACAUUAUCAGCUCUCUCAUUGGAAUGGACAUGGGGUUAGUGU